UGGCAGGAGUCGCGCAGAGGCCGGCCCGAGCGCGUUGCAGGCGCCCGGCGUAGGGGGAGUCGGGUAGCAGCAUCCUCCCGGGCGCCGCUUUAGUGCGGCCGCGGCGGGGGCUUCCUCUGCCUCGGGACCUCGUUGGGCAGAAGCAGCCGGUGCCGGGGGAGGGUCCCGCUCUUUUGCCUCCAGCUACGUGUCCAGGGUCCUUCUGGGCCAGCCCGCGGCUACGGAGCUCCGGGUCUCGCCUGAACCGCCUGCCCGGACAUCCUCCGGGUGAUGGAAGAAGCGGCCGCCGUUGCGGGGCCGCGCUGUACCCUGACCGCCAACGCCGCCGGAGGGAUGGGAAGGUACGCUGCGUGGAGGCCGAGAGCGAGCGAUGGAGAGCCGAUCAGCCUGGAGCUGGGACGUAUCUAAGCCAUCCCGCACCGUCGCCUCCAGCCUGCUUCGUGCCCCGGAACCGGGAGGAAAGCUGCGGUCCCGAGAGACUCGAGGAGACGUCGCUGCAGCCGGGACGCGCCGCGCUCGCUGGAGCGCACAGCCGGGUUCUGGGCCCGGUGAAAGUUUCCCCUCCCGAGCUGCAGGGCGCCCGCUGCCGGGAAACUCUGCCUAGGGCUAGGACAGCGGAGUCCCUCGGCUCCCUUGAAGGCUUGGGGACCCCCGGCAGAAGAGAACCGGACAGAAACCGAGGACAGGGCUAGCUGGACAGUCCGCCGGUCCGAUAUCCGGGGACGCUCUGGGGCGCACCCGCCGCUCCAGGUUCUUCUCGGAGCCGCUGCCAUGGGAGAGCCAGCCCUGGGCGCCGGGGACCAGCCGCCUCUGCCGCCGCGCCCGCCUCGGAUCGGCGGCCCCAGUCCCGGCGCCCGCAGCCGGCCUGCAGCGUCCCCCUCCCGGGCUGCAGGGCCGCCUCCGCCGCGCCGCCGGCCCCGGCUGUGCCUGUGAUGAGCCGCAGUUCGCCGCGAGCUCUGCCCCCGGGCGCGCUUUCCCGGCCGCUGCCGGCCGCGCCUGCCGCCGUGCAGCGGGCCCUGCUCCCGCCGUGGCCCCGGCGCUCAGGACGCCGCUGGCCUGCGUCCCCGCUCGGGAUGAAGGUGUUUCGCAGGAAGGCGCUGGUGCUGUGUGCGGGCUAUGCACUGCUGCUGGUGCUCACGAUGCUCAACCUCCUGGACUACAAGUGGCAUAAGGAGCCGCUGCAGCAGUGCAACCCCGACGGGCCUCUGGGUGCCGCGGCGGGGGCGACUGGGGGUGGCUGGGGAAGGCCGGGGUCGCCUCCUGCAGCGCCGCCCCGCGCUCAUCCGCGCCUGGACCCCCGUGCCCCAUACCGCCCUCCCUCAGCCGGCGUGGGGGCAGUAUCCGCAGCCGCGGCGGGGGCUGGAGGAGCUGCGGCCUCUUCAGGCAAUGGCACUCGAGGCACCAGGGGUGGAGGGGACAAGCGGCAGUUGGUGUAUGUGUUCACCACGUGGCGCUCCGGUUCGUCCUUCUUCGGCGAGCUCUUCAACCAGAACCCUGAAGUGUUCUUUCUGUACGAGCCUGUGUGGCACGUGUGGCAAAAACUGUACCCCGGGGACGCGGUUUCCCUGCAGGGGGCAGCGCGGGACAUGCUGAGCGCUCUCUACCGCUGCGAUCUUUCGGUUUUCCAGCUGUAUAGCCCGGCCGGCAGUGGGGGGCGCAACCUCACCACUCUGGGCAUCUUUGGGGCAGCCACCAACAAGGUGGUGUGCUCCUCGCCACUCUGUCCCGCCUACCGCAAGGAGGUCGUCGGGCUGGUGGACGACCGCGUGUGCAAGAAGUGCCCACCUCAACGCCUGGCACGCUUCGAGGAGGAGUGCCGCAAGUAUCGCACGCUGGUUAUCAAGGGCGUGCGCGUCUUCGAUGUGGCUGUGUUGGCGCCACUGCUUCGAGAUCCAGCCCUGGACCUCAAGGUCAUCCACCUGGUGCGUGAUCCUCGUGCGGUUGCCAGCUCCCGUAUCCGCUCACGCCAUGGCCUCAUCCGGGAAAGCCUACAGGUAGUGCGAAGCCGGGAUCCCAGAGCCCACCGCAUGCCCUUCCUGGAGGCUGCUGGCCACAAGCUGGGUGCCAAGAAAGAGGGUAUAGGUGGGCCAGCAGACUACCAUGCUCUGGGCGCAAUGGAGGUCAUCUGCAACAGUAUGGCCAAAACGCUGCAGACAGCCCUGCAGCCCCCUGACUGGCUGCAGGGACACUACUUAGUGGUGAGGUACGAGGAUCUUGUGGGAGACCCGGUUAAGACCCUACGGAGGGUGUAUGACUUUGUGGGGCUGCUGGUGAGUCCCGAAAUGGAGCAGUUUGCCCUGAACAUGACCAGUGGUUCAGGUUCCUCCUCCAAGCCUUUUGUGGUAUCCGCUCGCAACGCCACUCAGGCCGCCAAUGCCUGGCGGACGGCGCUCACCUUCCAGCAGAUCAAACAGGUGGAGGAGUUUUGCUACCAACCCAUGGCAGUGCUGGGCUAUGAGCGGGUCAAUAGCCCCGAGGAGGUGAAAGACCUCAGCAAGACCCUACUUCGGAAGCCCCGGCUUUGAGAGGGGUUCCCAAGAGAUCUGAUGCCCACUGGAGACACCCACAAAGAGGAUGGUGUUGUGUUUAAACAAACGCAGCCCAGACCCAAGCUGAGGAAACCCACAUAUUCUAUUAUAGAUAUAUAAUAUAAAUAACCACACGGGCACUCGCUGUCAACGUUUUGAGUCAGUGAAUUUCAAAGAACAGCCUCAACACGCGUGCACAUGCGUGCGUGUACACACACACACACACACACACACACACACACCUCAGAAAAAGGCAAGACAUGAGAGUACUGACAAAUUGCCGUGUCCCCCGCCUCUUCUCCCUUUUCCCUUCUCUUCCUCUUUCCCUUCUCUCUUCCGUAUUGAAGAGGAUUGUUGAUAAACCAAGUUCCAGUAACCCAAAUCUUGUUUACAAUUUUUUUGUGGUAUCUGUGAAUGUGUAAGAUUAAUUUUGAUGUGGGGUGGGGUGGGUGGAGAAGGGGGAAGUGGUCCCAGAGCAGGAAGCCCCCACCAGGCUGGUAAACCAUGGAGGCAUUCUUCAAAAGUAGACUUUUGUGCAAACAGCAAAGGUUACAUGUGAGUAUUAAUAAAGAAGAUAAUAAUAAAUAAUAUUCUUUUUUAAUAUUUGCCUCCAUUGCUCUGGACUUCCCAGCGUUACUUGUCUUUGUAACUUCAAGUGGCCUCUGCUCCCCUCCUCUCCCUGCAUUUCCAGCUAUUUACUUGGGGGACAGCUAAGCUGGGAGAAGCCUCUGCCUUCAUAAUAACUGGGAGUUAUUUGGUCACAUGUAAACCGCGGCUUGCCGGGUGCCCAGGAGUGAAACCAGUCUUCUACAGGGAAAACCAAGCAGGUCAGAGAAAGAAAGCACACACUACUCCCUGGCCAGCUUUCAGUAGAUAAAGGAAGAAACAAGCCCUUGAGAGUUGAAGGCAUUCGGUUUUGAUUACUUCUGUAUUGUGAGCUGAGACAGGGUACCUUGAAGCAGACACUGGUGUUUUUGUUCUGAAGUUGGUUCAGAAAAAAGAAUAUAUAUAUAUAUACAUAUACAUAUAUAUAUAUUAAAGUUCUGAUGACUAGAAUACAAGUUUCAAGAUGGAGUGAAUACCAUUGGUGGUGGUGGCAGCAACUUCUGUAGUUAGUGGAAUGACAGAUAUAUCUGAGUGUGUUUGUCCUUGACACAGUAUCUGGAGGCAUAUUAAAGCAAAGUUUUAACUGAGGACUGGAGGUUUUCUUUCCUCCUCACGUCCCAUCCAAAUUAAUAAUACUAAAGACAGGAAUUUGAAAUAGUUUGCUCGGGACUUGGGGUGUCCUGGAGAUACGAUGUCCCUUCAUUUCCUAAAGGCAAAUUUGCAAAACCAAGUACAUGCUGCAGACAGCGUAAGAUUUUAGCUAAGAACUUUUAGAUAUCGAAAGGAUUCUGAGGAAGAGGAAAUAAAAAUGGAUUAGUGUGUAGGAUUUUGAGAUUUUGUAUUUUCCAGAGAGAAAACCAUUGAAUUUCCCAGCAGUGGUUAUACUCCUACACCCUGAACUCAUAUUGUCCUGAAGUAUUCUGUAUGGUGUUGUGUUACGAUAAGAAAUUAUGAAACCCAAGUAGAAAAAACAGGCAGUAUAGUUGUAUAUUGUAUAUUAUAUUAAAUAUGGUACAAGUCCAGUAUCCUUGCAGCUUUAUUUUACAGUAAUUUAUUUUGAGACUGGAAGGCCAACAAAUGUGGGUUGAAUGCUGAAGACAUUAUUUUAAAAGAAAGAUAAUAUGUACAUAGGAAAUGUUUUAACAGGAGGCGAUUCUUGAGUUUAAUAGUCAUUACAACGUGAAACCCAAGAUGAAGAGCACAUUUUUAUUAAAAAAAGAGGUGAAUUAGAAUGGUUAUUUCCCAAUCUACUGAAACUGUUUCCCAUGUCUUGUUAUUGAGCUAGAAUGCCACUAUAACACUGAUCAAGAUUUCCAUGGUAUUUUUUUAUGGGAGUGCCUUCAGCAGCAGGGGAAUCUUUGUAAGAGCUCUAAUUUAAGCAUACUUUAAAAUUAAAUGAACAAAAUAAAUAUUAAUGUUGGGCGACUAUAGAUGAAAAAGGCUUAUCAGAAAAUUAAGGUAGUGUCAUUAAAAAACAGUGAUUCUGAAUAAAAUAACCAUUUAAAAACAAA